CUCCUCCCCCCUCCUGCCCCCCUCCCCCUCCUCAGCGCUUCGAUCCAAGAUGGCGGCGCUGAGCAGCAGCAACAGCGCCGAGGGGGCCUCGCUCUUCAACGGGGACAUGGAGCCCGAGUCGCCGCCGCAGCCGCCCGGGGCCUGCUACGCGGGGGGCAGCGGCAGCGCAGGGGGAGACCCCGCCAUCCCGGAGGAGGUGUGGAAUAUAAAACAAAUGAUUAAAUUAACACAAGAACACAUAGAAGCCCUGCUGGACAAGUUUGGAGGAGAGCAUAAUCCACCUUCUAUAUACCUAGAGGCCUACGAAGAGUACACCAGCAAGCUAGAUGCACUGCAACAGAGGGAGCAGCAGUUACUGGAAUCCAUGGGCAAUGGAACUGAUUUCUCUGUCUCCAGUUCAGCUUCAACAGAUACCGUCACAUCAUCGUCAUCUUCUAGUCUCUCUGUAGCACCUUCUUCCCUCUCAGUUUAUCAGAACCCUACAGAUUUGUCACGGAAUAACCCUAAAUCUCCACAGAAGCCUACUGUUAGAGUCUUCCUACCCAACAAACAGAGGACAGUGGUUCCAGCAAGAUGUGGAGUUACAGUCCGUGACAGUUUAAAGAAAGCUUUGAUGAUGAGAGGUCUCAUCCCAGAGUGCUGUGCAGUUUACCGAAUACAGGAUGGGGAGAAAAAGCCCAUUGGCUGGGAUACAGACAUUUCCUGGCUCACAGGCGAAGAACUGCAUGUGGAAGUCUUGGAGAAUGUACCUCUUACGACACACAACUUUGUACGAAAGACGUUCUUCACUUUAGCAUUCUGCGACUUCUGUCGAAAGCUGCUUUUCCAGGGGUUCCGUUGUCAGACCUGUGGAUACAAAUUUCACCAGCGUUGUAGUACAGAGGUGCCGUUGAUGUGCGUGAAUUACGAUCAGCUUGAUUUGCUGUUUGUCUCCAAGUUCUUUGAACAUCACCCAAUACCGCAAGAGGAGGCCUCCUUAGAGACGACCCCAGUAUCCGGAUCAUACACUUCAGUGGCCCCCUCAGAUUCGCCUGGCCCACCACUUCUCCCUGGUCCAUCUCCUUCAAAAUCCAUUCCAAUACCCCAGCCUUUCCGACCAGCAGACGAAGACCAUCGGAAUCAGUUUGGUCAACGAGACCGUUCCUCAUCUGCCCCCAACGUGCACAUCAAUACUAUAGAGCCUGUCAACAUUGAUGAGUUGAUUAGAGAUCAAGGGUUGCGAGGAGAGGGAGCCCCUAUGAACCAGCUGAUGCGCUGCCUUCGGAAAUACCAAUCCCGGACUCCCAGUCCCCUCCUCCAUUCUGUCCCCAGUGAGAUAGUGUUUGAUUUUGAGCCUGGCCCAGUGUUCAGAGGCUCAACCACGGGUUUGUCUGCCACGCCACCUGCCUCCUUACCUGGGUCCCUCACCAGCGUGAAAGCGUUGCAGAAAUCCCCGGGGCCUCAGCGAGAGAGGAAGUCUUCCUCCUCUUCAGAAGACCGGAGCAGAAUGAAAACUCUUGGUCGGCGAGACUCAAGUGAUGAUUGGGAAAUACCAGAUGGCCAGAUCACAGUUGGACAAAGGAUAGGGUCUGGGUCAUUUGGAACAGUCUAUAAGGGAAAGUGGCAUGGUGAUGUUGCAGUGAAAAUGUUGAAUGUUACAGCCCCCACCCCUCAGCAGUUACAAGCCUUUAAAAAUGAAGUAGGAGUGCUCAGGAAAACAAGACACGUGAAUAUAUUGCUUUUCAUGGGUUAUUCAACAAAGCCGCAGUUGGCUAUAGUUACGCAGUGGUGUGAAGGCUCCAGUCUUUACCACCAUCUACAUAUCAUUGAGACCAAAUUUGAGAUGAUCAAGCUGAUAGAUAUUGCACGGCAGACAGCACAAGGAAUGGAUUACUUGCAUGCCAAGUCAAUCAUCCACAGAGACCUCAAGAGUAAUAAUAUAUUUCUUCAUGAAGACCUCACGGUAAAAAUAGGUGACUUUGGUCUAGCAACAGUGAAAUCACGAUGGAGCGGGUCCCAUCAGUUUGAACAGUUGUCUGGAUCAAUUCUAUGGAUGGCUCCAGAGGUAAUUAGGAUGCAAGAUAAAAACCCAUAUAGCUUUCAGUCAGAUGUGUAUGCAUUUGGGAUUGUUCUUUAUGAGCUGAUGACUGGGCAGUUACCAUAUUCUAACAUCAACAACAGGGACCAGAUCAUUUUUAUGGUGGGGCGAGGAUACCUCUCUCCAGAUCUCAGCAAAGUGCGAAGUAACUGUCCCAAAGCAAUGAAGAGGCUAAUGGCAGAAUGCUUGAAAAAGAAAAGGGAUGAACGACCCCUCUUCCCACAGAUCCUCGCCUCUAUUGAGCUCCUGGCCCGGUCAUUGCCAAAAAUUCACCGCAGUGCAUCUGAGCCCUCCUUGAACCGGGCUGGUUUCCAGACAGAGGAUUUUAGUCUGUAUGCUUGCGCUUCUCCAAAAACACCCAUCCAGGCAGGGGGAUACGGCGAAUUUGCAGCGUUCAAGUAGCCACGGCAACAUUGGCAGCAAAUCCACUCUCUCAUUUUUUUUAUAAAAAAAAUAGUCUUGUGUUCCUACAGUUUCUUUUUAUAACAUCCAGACUCUCUUCUGCCCCUCAAAAAAAAAACAGGAAAAGAAAAGAAAUUUAGAGGAAAGAGAUCUGUACGCUUAGAGGAGAGCAGAAUGGAAUUACCAAUCCAACUUUGGGUGGGAAGGGAAAAUCCCUUGUUAGGAACCAGAAUCUAUGCUGCCUGUAUGUUCACCUCCAGUCUAAACGCCAUGUGCAUUUGGCUGUGGCUGCCUGUUCCAUUGGCAUCAUUCCCAGGAGAGAGGAGGGCUCAUGCUUUGACUUUCUGGUGCUCUGGCAUGAUGAGAUUGGAACUCCUACUGCAUCAUUGGCUUGGGAUGGUCUGCUGGUCGGCUUUCUCCCUCUAACAACGAGUUAUCAAAGGCUGAACAUCUGACGAGACACAGCUAAUCAAAACAAUCAUCCUCGGGUCUGAUUUAUUUUUUUCCUAGGGUUAUGUGUGGUCUUUUUUUUCCUGGUGUGCUUACCAAUCAAUGGGAUAAAUGCAGUAUAUCCUUUUCAGCUGAAGGAGCACCUGCUCUUUCAGGUAAAAAAAAACGCGACAACAGGAACAUGGCCAGAUUGGCAGAUACGUGGAAGGGGGAGUCUGAGAAAGGAUUAAUUUGAAGGAAAAGGGGAUGCUGCACCUUCUCUUUCCAGAAUUGCUUUUAUCUCCUGUUCAGAGCCACCCUUUCCCCUAUCUUUCCUUUUUGUACACUUUCAGAAAGGGUUGGGGGGCUUUCUUUCUCUCGCUCAUCUGUCCAGCAACAAACGUUUUUACAAAAUUGCAUCGAAGUGUUGAAACAUGUAGCUUCUUUUCAUUUUUUGCUGAUAUCAUUUCACUCUGUAUGUUUGUGUGUUGCCUUUUUUGGGGGGGUGUCCAAAAAGUCUAAUGCAGACUAUGAAAAACAAAUGUACCUAUUUUAAAAGGUGCAAGAUAACGUCAGGUACCUAAUGUUUCAUAAACGGGAGCUCUCAGGUUGAACUGAUUAUGUUUUAAAAAGGAAAACCCAUCUGCAACCCCUCCCUGAAAGAAUUACACAUUCCAAAAAUUGUGCUUUGGUACUUUUUGAAAAAGAACUUUAAAACAUGUUAAAUCUGCAAACUCAGCAAGUGUGUGUGUUUUAAUAUGCAGUAAGUUGUCUUAAAUGGCAGUCUGCUGGGAAGGUUUUGUUAAGAAAUGGUACUUGCUGGAUCAACAUUGACAUCUUCGCUCACUAUUUGCCUAUCCCCAACUUUUUCUAUGUCACUUCUUUUCUUGCUCUAUGUCUUGUGGCUUAAAAAUGGUGGCGAUUGUAUUUUGCUUUCUCUCUUUGUCUUGCUCUUAAUCCUCAUUUGCAAAAUGGGUCCUAAUUCUUAUUUUUAUCCAGAAAAGGGGGGGAGGGGAUGAAAGUUACCCCUAGUUGGAAUCAGAAUGCUGUCAGCAGAAUUCUUUGUUGUGUUGAUUAAUAUAACAUACAGUAGAUUUAUUUUCAUUUCAUUUCUUUUCUUUUUGUUAAAGAGCCAACUUAGAUGCCACUAGAAAGAAGCUCAAUGUCCACCGAAGCCUUGACAUUUAGUGCAUUUUUGCCCAGUUCCAGAAGAUAGGAGGCUGGAGACAACCUCUCCUUUACUAAACAUUUCUAGCGGAAGCUGGUCAUCUGAUGAGAGAGUUUAAGUAGUGAUUGAUAAAUAGCUCUGUUUUUAGGAAAGCUAAGAGAAAGGGAACUGUCUUUCUAGGAAAUAAGGUAUGUUCAUGGAAAGCAAGCAUACCCUGUUGUGGUCCUUGUUCUUCUAAACCACAAGUGUCAUUUCAUUGGAUUGUUAUUGUUGAGCACCAGGGCGCUUAACAGAAAUUAGACCAAGGAACAAUUGAAAUAUGGGACAUAAUCAAGGUAGCAAUAGCAAGUGGUUAGAAGUCACUGGGUCAUAUUUCAUGCCUUCUCUGCACAAGUGCUACUGAAGUUAUGGAAGUUCUUGGGCAGUUCCUUUUUACUUCUGCGGCUGGUUGUGCUAGAGAGAAUUCCAGUGGAUGUGGGCAGGAUAAUGAGAAUAAUGCAGUUUGUGUGGAUGUACAAAGAGUGUGCCCGACCCACAAUAACUCUGAACCAGAAAAACACAAUUCUGGUUUGCUGUGCUUUUCUUAGCUGUUUUUGUGUGUGUCGGUGUGCAGAUUUGGUUUGAGAGCAGUGUUUCUCAAACUUUCUGAAUAUGGACCAUUCUUCCAUACUUACCUUGCCUCUUCUUAUCACUACUGCCACCACCCAACCGCUGAACCUGGAGUGGCGAGAGGUCUGUUACAGAGAUGAACAUUUGGAGACCCUUGCAAUUGCUCAUGUGUGUGCACACUACAAUGCACAGAGACUUUUGGAGUAUGCUACUACUGGCAUUAAAAGAAGAAAAUAGCAAGACGUCUCCUAUCAUCAUCUUAAAACCAUGCAAGACAAAUAAAAACCAAGCAGUAGCUCUUUGAGACCUGUACAUUCCAAAUCGCAUUGGGGUAAUGGGGCAGUGAAUAAGGAAUCACACCCAUAAAUCCAACACGAAUCGGUGCAAAUUUCUGCCAGGGACCAUUUAGUCCACCCACAUCCUAAUUGGUGGGGAGUGAAGGCACCAUCUGCUUCCCAUACUUUUUGGCUGUAGAAUUUUCCUACAUUAGUAAACCUCAUUUUUGUUUCUCGGGGCUUGAGUGCUGGCAAGCAUCACCAUGGAAGAACAGGCCAUUUAGAGAUGUUUGGUAGUUGCAAGAGAGAGAAUGUGGGUUUUCCACAUGCAGGUUGUAGUGCUUAACUUUCUGAUGUGCAAGCGUCCUAGACCAGAUUUAGAAAAUGCCUAAGCAUCCGGUUGUUUGGGCUUUUAGAGGUCUGUUGCUGCUGUUUAGGAUGUGGGGAUAUUCCCGCGCUAGCUAGGUGAAACCUUAGAAUCCUCUGGCAUUUCCACUUGUUCUCCACAGUCUUGUAGUUCUGUUGCCCCACCUGCCUAGCCUGAUACUUGUUGAGCAUGUGACAUCUUUCAUGUCCCUAUUUCUCUUCAGAGCAGACAGUCACUCUGGUGCCUCUUCCCUUUGCCCCCCCCCAAAAAAAUUACAGCUCGAAUGUUGACUGCUGGCCAAUCCAUUGCACUUCACAGGCGGCCCACCCUUUCCUCUUCCUCCUGAGGUUUGCAGCCAUUGGCCCAUUUUGCACAUCACAUUAAACCAUACUUGUAUACCAAGUCUGCCUCAAAUCGAGCCAGACUGUUGGUCCCUCUGCUCAGUAUUUUUGAUGCACUGACUGGCAAGGGCUCUCCAGGAUUUCAGAUGUGGAAUGUUCCUAACCAAGACUUGACUGCAAAGUAGGCGCUCUGCCACUGAGGUAUGGCCAUUCCCUUAUGCUCAAAAGACCAUGCUCCUCUCCUCCCCUGCCUUUUUCAGCACCCUGGGGAAGAAACAUACCAGAGGGUGUCUUGUCAUUACUUGUGAACCAGUGCUCAUAGUCUUUCUCCUAACAACAACAAUUUCAUUAUUUAUACCCUGCCCAGCCAUAUGGGCGUAUUCCAGCAAAUUAUAAAAAUACAAUAAAAUAUCAAACAUUAAAAACUUCCUGUUAGAGGGCUGCCUUCAGAUGUCUUCUAAAAGUUGUGCAGUUUUUUUAAUCUCCUCGACAUCUUUAUCUCCUUGACAUCAUGUCUAACAGACCAUGAUGGUAAGCCAAGGGCACUGAAGGAAGGAACAGCAAGAGCCUGUGGGGAUCUUGUGAGCUGCUGUAUUCCAGGAUAUUGCUCUUUAACUUAAAAUCAUUGUUUUGUUUAAACUAUGCUUUAAGGUGACGUGCAAACAAGGCCUAUCCCAUAUUUAAUUGUUCCUGAACAGCAAUAAGAAGUGCCCCGAAGCGACAUGGGGAAGCAACAGCCCCUUUGCUGCUCUCCAAAUAUGCUGCCCUUCUAAGGUCUGCUAGUACUAAGGCCAGCCCUGCUUCUCUGCCAAAUUUUGAAUCAUGUACGGGAGACCAAAUUCUGCUGAGUUCUAUUCUUACCUGCUUAGCUCAUUGGAAAUACUAGUUGAAAAUGCACACUUCUCUUUGGGCUUAUAGAAUGUCGAAUGUGUGUGUAUCCUGGCUUGAUUGUAUUACAACUUUGUUAUUCAUUCAUGUGCAGUAAGGAUGUUUUUUUAAUAAUAAAAAUAUAUAGAUAAAGCGGUAGGAAAAGGGUCUUGUUCCCACAAAGCACUUUAGAAUGAGCUACAUACGCUUUGACUUUUCUCCACUUGCAUCUGAACAUACUGCAGGUCAUUUGGCUGCUGCUUCAGUAGGACAUUUAUGCUGAAGCUUCCCUUUUCUCCUUCCUGCUGUCGUCCCCGAGUCUCCAUAAUCUGAUAAAACAUAGUACAGGUCACUUUAAUUCUGUGCUCUCACUUGCUUGAAAUUGCCCUUAAAUUUGAAAAUGAAGAAUCCGCCUUGAGCUCUCCUGAAAAGAUAGGCAGGUGGGCUCCAACAGCGGAUUUGUUUUUUUUUCUAAGACACUGUUGUCCCGUGGUCUAACUGCUAAAUUCCUCAGCGAAGAAGGCGACAAUGCACACGAGACUUGAUGCCAUCUUUGUACUGGCAUGACACGUUGUGCAUUGGCACCAUCCUUGCAUUGGCACUGGGGAUAUUUAUGCAAAAGUUGUUUGCAGUGCUGUUUGUUGCUUCGCCGCCAGGUUUGGGGGUUUUUUUCGAUGCUGGGAGACAGUAAUGGGCAGCAGUUGACCCAAACCUAGUUUGAGAUCCACCGUAACCUACACCCUGAUCAUACCUGCUGUAAGUUUCUGCUACUCUUUGUGAAGGGCAUUCUUAUACGGCAAUUUCCACUGUGAAAGAGCGUUACAUUUUGAUCUUCUGUGUGGGAGCAGGUGCUUCUGGUUUGGUUUUGGGGGGGGAUUGUAGCAGAAGGCUUAGUGAAAGAGUUCUGGUAGGGGGUAUGUGUUUGCAGGUGUGUUAUACUGAAUCACUUUUUGGACCGCGAGUGCAGCAUGUGUAGCACAGACAGUUCAUAGUACUGUAGCUAAGUAACUUUCCGUCCAUUGGA